GCAGGCGCACUCUGUAGGCGACGCCGAGGCGCACCUGGGACAGUGGGCGGAGCAUUCCUGAGGUCAUCUGCGCCUUCUGACUGGGAAAAGAUGGUCAACGUCUUGAAAGGAGUGCUUAUAGAAUGUGACCCAGCCAUGAAGCAGUUUCUCCUGUACUUGGAUGAGUCCAAUGCCCUAGGGAAGAAAUUCAUCAUCCAAGACAUCGAUGACACGCACGUCUUCGUGAUAGCAGAGCUGGUCAGCGUCCUCCAGGAGCGAGUGGGUGAGCUCAUGGACCAGAACGCUUUUUCUCUCACCCAGAAGUGAAAAUACUGACUGACCACUUAGGGAUGAUCAGCACCAAACGUGAAACAGACUGUCAGCGUUCAGCCUCAUUUGUAACUCAGUAGACAGGAGAAUCUCUGAGGGGCAUGACGGAAAAGACCAUGGCGUCAGGUGUUCAGAAAAAGCCCCUGAAUGGAUUUCGUUGUUGUGAUUUUUUUAAGUACUUGUAUCCUAGAAUUAAAAAAAAAAAAGGUGAUUAAAUAGUUGGCUGUAAUUUGGCUUUUAUUAUCAUUUAUUAAAACAUAAAUGCUUUU